AAUGCAAAAUUUAUUUUUGUGGUGCUCCAUAACUGCUACUGUACUCUGUUCCUUCCAUGGCCGCUUGUUCAUAUUCAACCCUCUCAUGGUGCUCCGCAUCUAUUCCCAAAUCAUCCUCCACCUCUCCACCAUCUUUGUCUCUAUAUCCCGUGAACGUUCGCGGGCUUACGGGAAUUUCACUGUCCAGUAGUACAAGGCUCCAGGCCAAGUUUGAGAAGUUCCAAGGCCAAGAGAAUCUUGAGCAGGACUUCACAGAGCCAUCUUCUUUAGACUCACAAUCACAGCCUAGCCCAGAAGAAGAAGAAGAUGAUGACAGUUGCUUACCUAAUGAUUUGGAGGGGGCAGUUCGGCAGUCAGGCCAAGCUGGUGCGACUUUUGUGUCUUCUGGGGGAAUGAGAGCCAUAGUUGAGCUUCUAAUACCUCAGUUGCAAUUUCUUGAUGACGAGGGUGCACAAGCCGAGCUUUGGGAACUAUCAAGGAUAUUUUUGAAUACAUUAAUCGAAGAAACAGGAUGCCAGAGAGUUAAAGCUAUAUUUCCGGAUGCUGGUGCAGCUGCACUUUUGAAAUAUCAAUGGAAAGAUGCUGCUUUUGGUUUCUCGAGUCUUGGUGACCGGAAGCCAGUGGACAAUGAAGAUGAAAUUGUUGUCAUGGUCGUUCCUGAUUAUCAGAUGCUGGAAUACGUAGAAAGAAUUGCCUCUAAUCUCUCUGAUGAUCCGCCUAGGCCUCUAAUCAUGUGGAAUCCACGCCUUGUUAGUGAAGAUGUCGGUGUUGGGAUCAAUGUGCGCAGAUUAAGGCGCAACUUCUUAAGCACUUUCUCAGUGGUUUACUCAAUGAGACCUUUUCCAUCAGGUGCUGUUUUUAGAUGUUAUCCCGGAUUGUGGAAGGUGUUCUAUGAUAAUAAGGAUCGGCUUGGCCGUUAUCUCCUAGCCAAGGAGCAGAUUAGCCGCCCCACUGCAGAAGAACUGGAGAUAAUAUUUGGAGAAGUAGAUGAGAAGCAAGAGAAGGGAGCAUCUCUGUUUGACCAAGCAGCUGGAAUCUUCUCUUCCAUCAAUCGUUUCAUGAAAGUAAUUUCAAGAUAAUUAGUUGUUUCAUCAAAUCCUAUUUCUUCUCUCUCUAUAUACAAGAGAGGCAUACCUUAAAAUUGAAAUGAUAAUUGGAACAAAAU